AUAAAAGGAGCGGUCGAGUGGCACAGCGUUUCAUUCGUUCGUCUCGAGCCCUACGCUUAGGUUCACCACUAGUUGUCUGCCAUUCGUUUGCGAUACAGAGACAGAGAGAGAGACAGCGAUUGAGUGCACCGGCGCUGACGAUCACCGCAAACAUCCCCAUAAGCAAGAAGACUGACGAUGACUACCACACCAUUCCUCGGGUGUAAAAUCUCGUUGAUCUCCAAGAGUGAGAUCAGGUAUGAGGGGAUACUCUACACGAUUGAUCCCAAGGAGUCGACAAUCGCGUUGUCGAAAGUGCGCUCUUAUGGCACUGAAGACAGACCGGCCGAACGCCAGGUGCCGCCCCGGGACGACAUCUUCGAGUAUAUCAUCUUCAGG